UUUGUUCUUUUGAUUUAGUUUAAUAUUGAUCUAAUUCAGUCUGAUUAUUCGGUAUUGAUCUGAUAGCUGUGGCGCGCGCUUUGGUUAGUUAAUUCACCGCGUUCACGAGCUAAUUCGGUAAUAAAAGAGCGCGUGUGCGCGGAUUACCGUGUUUUUUACCGGUUGUAUUUGUUUAUGUGUUUGUUUGUUUGAUUGUUUUGCGAUAGCCGCGUGUCACGAGCUUCUCUCACAUCUCAUCGAGUGUUUAGAAUAAAUUCGUGACGCAAAAAAAAAAACCGAACCGAAAACUCAGAAUUUAAUUCGGUUUAUUUAUACCGGAUCAACCUGCUUUGAGAAACACGCGCACUGACUCGGUUUAUUAGUGCUGCAGUGAUACCGGAGGGUGCACACACAGGCUUGCACACGAACCGGAGCAGGUACCAGGAGAUUUUGGAAGCUUUAGAAGGAGACGAAGAUGUCUGGUGAUGAGGUUCUGAUCCCAGAUGAUCAAGCCUUCAACAAGUUUAAAUCAGAGUGCACCUCAGAUGAAGGAUGGAAUCAGACCUACAACAAGUCCGGUAUUACGGUUCUCAUCCAGAUCCUGGAGGAAGAGAAGUCCCUGCACAAGAUCAAGUGUCGGAUGGUGUGUAAGGACGUCUCUGCUGAAUCCAUGUACGACGUCCUUCACGACAUCGAUUAUCGGCAAAAAUGGGACUCCAACGUCAUCGAGACCUUCGACAUCGGCAAACUGACGGUGAACGCCGACAUAGGCUAUUAUUCGUGGAAGUGCCCAAAACCUCUGAAGAACCGUGAUGUCAUUACUCUGCGCUCCUGGCUGCCUAUGGGCAACGAUUACAUCAUCAUGAACUACUCUGUGAAACACCCGAAAUACCCUCCGAAGAAGGACAUAAUACGAGCCGUCUCCAUCCAAACAGGUUACCUCAUCCAGAACAACGGCCCCUCCAGCUGUACCCUGACCUACCUGGCACAGGUCGACCCUAGAGGUUCUUUACCCAAGUGGGUGGUGAAUAAGUCUUCCCAGCUCCUCGCUCCUAAAACGAUGAAGCGUAUCGCCCGGGCGUGUACGAAGUACGGCGAGUGGAAGCAGCGCCACAAUCCGGGUUAUAAGCCGUGGUUGUACCCGGAGCAGAGCCGGCUGGGUAGCGUGGCGCUGUCCGAACUGUCUCUGCAGCACGCCGAGUCUCUGGAGAACAUCGACGAGAGCUUACUGAACGAGACGAAAGAUGAACGAGCCGACCACAGCGACGACGACUGAUACACACACACACACAGCAGAAGUGAUGAGGGGGUGGAGACCACACGCAUAGGGUGCACAUAGAAAUGUAUUCAGGUCAGUGAGAGGAACAUCUACAGGAUUAUUUAAGGAAUACUGAGGCACUUUAUCCAACACUAACACCAAAACAUCAACACAUUUAUAAUAAAUCCAUCACGGCAGCCGUCAGCUGUGUUUCAAGUGACCUUUUAUUCACAACUUACCAUGUUGAGCCACAACGAUGCCACAAACUCAAGUUCUUCCUGUCUUUCGUAUCAGUCAUGCAGUGCCACCCAAUCCUGGCAUCUGUACGUUUAUGUGAUUGGAAGUGAGCAUGAAUAUUUAGCCACUAAUAACGUGCAUCAGCUGCAGGUCUGAAUUACUCAAUAGGCUGUGUUUACAGAGCUCAGAGGAAGCACGUGUUAGCCUUAUCCUCCCACAGUGGAAGCUGUUACGUGAUACAAGUCUAAAUUAUUGGGUGAAACGAAGAAGAAGAUGUUAAAAUUAUUUAAACUGUGAUAAACCCGUGACGACACAUUAACAAUGAUUGAUGAACCAGAAUCAGUUAUCAGUUUGUGAUAAUUUUAUUUACAUUAAUAACAGAAUAAAGAUAAAACAAAACAAACAUAAAACUAAUUCAGCUUCUUUAAAAGCAGUAAAAUAGUUUCAGCAUGUGCAAAUGCAAAAACAUUAUAAUAGAAUAAUAACAAUUAUUACAUUAUUAAUUAAAUAUAAAUAAUAAUUGAAAAGUAGAGCCAAUAGCAGACAAGGUAGGCUUGCUAACUAGCAUUCCAAAUACAUCUACGACAAACUGAUUUCUUAAUUUCCCAUAAAAGUAUUUGUGGUUUCAGUGAUAGUGAUAUUUUGUUAUAUUAAUAGAGUUUAAAUAUAAAAACGCUUUCAUGUAGCUAUAACUACAACUGUUUUGAAUCAACCUGGAUGUUCAAACAACAACAAAAUGAUAUUAGUGCCAACAAACUGUUCUAUAAACAAACAAUAAUACGUUUCCAUAAAAGGCGGAGGCUUCCUGUUCUUUCCUCAGUAUGUGUAGAAAUGAUCGUCAGUGGUAAUUAUUUACAAAGACGUGAUGGUACAAUUUCUGAUUUAUUUCUUUACUAUACAAACUGGCACAUACAGUAACAAAGGACCAAAUAUAUAAUUUAAAUGAAGAUUAAUAUAAAAUAUUAGAAUUAUUACACAAUAUUUAUAUGUAUUCAGUCCUGACCCACACCAUUCACAUCAUGUCUUGGAUGUGAAGUCCAUUGUUCACAGGACAGGGUUGCAGUUUUUCCUCAGUACAUGUAGAAAUGAUUGUUGGUGGUAAUCACACACACACACACACACACACUCUGCAGAUACUGAUGGAUAAAGACUCUGAAGUAUUCCUUUAAUACACACACAAACGUGCUCAGAAGUUCUAAAGCAGUAACCAAUAACAAGGGAUCAAAUGUACUAGUUUAUCAUAUUAAUACCCGUAUAUUAGAUGUAUUAUUUUUUCACCAGACAUCCUCUUAUAAAGUCAUUUUGGAGCCUCUGCAGCCACCCUGACGCCCCCCUCAAACCCCCACGCACACACCCACUCCUUUAUCCACUGAUUUCUCCAGUCAUUACAUGUAGAGGCUUUACUGCACACACACAGAGACACACACACACACACUACUGCUAAAUUCCCUGCAAGCACCUUUCACUUUAUUUCCCAGAGUUCCAUGCACCAGUACACCCCUCGUUACAGCAUGAAGUGACACUCAGGGUGGGCAGGGGGCGCUGUGAGCAUCAAUAAAUGUUUAAAUACUAAAAUAAA